UAUGAGGCAACUACAUCUAUGGUGGACCCAAUUGAUUUUAGUCAAGAAGAGAGUCUUAAUUUAUCAAACUUCGUCAUGUGACUCUUUUAAUUUCGUCUUCCAAGUUAAUUGGCAAGGAAAUUGAAGUAGAAGAACAUUAUGUUAAUUUACAAGUAAAGUUGGGUUCUUCCUUUUGUAUAUUUUUGUGUGUCUGCUAGUUAUAGAAAGUAAUGGAGGGAAAAAUUGAAGGAGCAGGGAAGAAGCUACACCAUAAUAAUGGGCUAACCAAAUUGCAGGAAGGAAGAGAAGAGAUCCAAUUAGUACAUUGCGGUGACGCCACAAUCAAUGAACAAGAAAAGGAGAAGAUUUCUCUUGUGAGAGCUCUUGUUGAAAAGCAAGAUCCCUCUUCCAAGGAACUGGAUGAUUUUGCGAUAAGAAGGUUUCUUCGAGCAAGAGAUCUGGACGUGGACAAAGCUUCAACAAUGUUGUUGAAAUACCUAAAAUGGAGGAAAAGCUUCUUACCAAAUGGGUACAUUUCACCUACUGAAAUUCCAAAUGAGAUAGCACACAACAAAAUGUUCUUACAAGGUGAGGACAAAUUAGGACGCCCCAUUGCUGUCGUUUUUGGUGGCAGACAUAUGCCGAACAAACAAGGAGGUCUUGAAGAGUUCAAACGAUUUGUUGUCUUAGCUUUAGAUAAACUCUGUUCAAGGACCUCGCCAGGAAGGGAAAAGUUUGUUGUAAUUGGGGAUCUCCAAGAUUUUGGCUAUUCCAACAGUGAUGUUCGUGCAUAUAUAGGGGCUCUAUCCAUUUUACAGGACUGCUUCCCUGAAAGACUUGGAAAACUGAUUGUGGUUCAUGUUCCUUACCUAUUCUGGACAAUGUGGAAGAUUUUGUAUCCUUUUAUUGAUAACAACACCAAGAAGAAGAUCACAUUUGUGGAAAACAAACGACUCACGGAGACUCUACUUCAAGACAUUGGUGAAAGCCAGCUACCAGAGAUUUAUGGAGGCAAAAUGCCAUUAGUUCCUAUUCAUGAAGCCUAAGCAAUUUGUUACACAUCAUUAUUAUUAUUAUUCAGAGCUCAUUUACAAGGAGUUUCAGGUAAUGCUCUCGAUAACAAGACAAAAUAUGUACUAUGAUUAUACAUUUGUAUACACUAUGUAAACAUCUAGCUUUUACAUAAAUGAGAAUUGAAAUAUUCUCCCCUAAUAA